GGACUAGACAGGAAGCGACGUCUUUUUCGCAGCAGUAACUUGCAGAAGGCGGAGGCAGGACCCUUCUCACGAACGAUGGCACUGCCCUCACUCUACCUCUCCCCCCACCCGCACAGCGCCCACAACGCCCGGGUGCUGGUGGCCCUGGAGUACGGCGGGCAGAGGGCGAGGUUGGUGGAGACGAGGAGGGGAGCGUCUGCGGGCGACGUGGCCGGGCUGCCGGCGGUGGAGGCAGAGUCUGGCGGGCAGGUGUGGGGCGGCGCGGCGGUAUCUCACCUCCUGGCACCGGCGGCGAUGAGGGGCUCCUGCGGCGAGGAGGCCGCCCUAGUGCGGCAGUGGACGAGCUACGCCGACAUCGAGCUGCUGCCGAUCGCCUGCGCAUCGACCUUCCCCGCCCCCGGCCUCUUGAAGCACAACAAACAGGCUGUGGACCGGGCACCGGUGGAGCUGCGGAAGACGCUGAGGUUCCUCGAUGACCACCUCAGGUUGAGAACGUACCUGGUGGGUGAGAAGAUCACCUUGGCGGACGUUGCCGUGAGCUGUGCCCUGCUACUCCCCUACCAACACGUCUUCAAUCCCGAGUGCCGAAAGCCGUUCGUAAACGCCAACCGCUGGUUCGAGACGUGCGUGAACCAGCCCGAGUUCAGGAGAGCGCUGGGAGAGGUCAAAUUCUGCGACGGACGCCCGCCCACCAGCGGGGAGAAAAGCGCAGGAGAACUCUGCAGAGUCUGCAGAAAGACAAAUCAAGACCACAAUCAAACCAUUCGCAGUGUGCAGACACAGGCCAAAGGGAAUAACCUUCAGUGCAAGAUAAAGUCUGAUUGA